ACUAACUCAAGCCACGACGGUUCCGACUCGGAGUCGAGAGAGAGAUUUUUCAAAAAUUGCAACAGGAGAUAGAUAGAGAGCAAGAGCCCUAAUCGAUUACAUACUCUGAUUCCUUCUACUUUUUUUUUCCCCACUGAUUAGUCUCUAAAAAAAUGGCGAGUGAGAGCUCGCAAUCUUCUUCGCCGUCUUCAUCUCAAUCGCCGUCAUCUGUACCUUCUCCGUCGCCGGGAAACAACGUCGGAGAUGCGUUCGUAGGAAGUUUCAUCAGUCUAAUUUCUAAGUACGAGAUCCGUUACGAAGGCAUUCUCUACCAUCUCAACGUCAAGGACUCGACGCUAGGUCUAAAAAACGUAAGAUCUUGUGGAACGGAGGGGAGGAAGAAAGAUGGGCCUCAAAUUCCGCCAUGUGAUAGAGUUUACGAUUACAUUCUUUUCCGCGGAAGUGAUAUCAAGGAUCUGCAAGUUAAUCCACCUCCAUCUGCACAGUCGAGACCAGAGAUUCAAAGUGAACAAGACAUCAAUCAGUCCUCUCAUGCUAGUUCAGCUAUGAGCUCUCCGCUUUCUGGCUAUGAUAGUGGUUAUGGUUUGGGGAGAGGAACACAAUGGGUCAAUACACCUGCUUUGAGUAGUAAACCGGUUCCUGCCACUCAACAUUCAUCAGUCCCUUUAAGUUUCCAGCCUCCUUCAGCUAAUCCUGGAAGUUUGACAGAAUCACCAGUGAGCUUAAUUGGUUCAACUCAAAGUAAUGCUGGUUCGUCUAUGCCCAUGCCUUCUUUUGUGCAAGGUAGCAAAUUAGGUGCCACUGGUGUCCCGGUUGGUAUGAUGCAGCAGCCAGUUUUAUCUCCCUCGACGAUGCCCAAUAACCCGCAGAUUAUAGAUUACUUUGCUUCACCAAUCAUGGGAUUAGUGAAUGAUACAACACAGGUUGUUACUCGUUCACCCGAAGAUGUCUCUAAUCGAUCUUACCCUUCUAACCCUUCUCCCCUUGGUCAAGCACAAUUCCAUACUCCACCUGGCCUUGCUUCAGCACCCUCUAACCUUUCUCCACCUUCUGAACCGCAGCUUUCUGCUCCAAAUAUUCAGAACAGCUACCCCAGUGUACCCCAGGCUGUUGGUAAAGACUUCUAUGACUCUCGGUCUGAUCAUCCUAAACGAUCUAUACCUUAUGAGUUACCGACUGUGGCUUCUUAUUCAGCUCCUGGGAUUCCUGGUCCAUUGUCGAACUCACCUGAGUCAUUCUUCGGUAUGGAUCCAUCGCUGCAAUCUAGGCAGCAGAUGGUAAAUAGGGGUCAAGAGAUGUUUUCUGCUACUAAUCCGGUAUCAAUGAAUGUGCCAUCACAAAGUCUUGCAACCAGAAAUCAUGCACCAUUACUGCCUCUUCCAGUUUCAGCUCAGUCUCGGAUCCCUACUUCUAGCAUUGAGUUCACUGAAGAAUUUGAUUUUGAGGCAAUGAAUGAGAAGUUCAAGAAGAGUGAACUAUGGGGUUAUCUCGGGCAAAAUAACCGGAGGAAUCAAAAUGAUAAUGGAGAAGAAAUUGCAAUUGAGCCAAACUCAGAAGGGAAGCCUUCAUAUAACAAGGAUGACUUUUUCGACACAAUCUCGUGCAAUCAACUUGACCGUGUGGCUAGAACCGGACAACAGCACAACCAGUUUCCUGAGCACAUGAGACAAGAACCUGGGGCAUUUGGUAAUCAUUUUCAAAGGCCACCCCCACUACAACCAGGUCAGGGUGCAUAUCUCGCUGCACAAUCCAAUUACAGAGGCGGUUACCAUAAUAACAACAACUACAGAGGCGGUUACCAUAACAACAACAACAACUACUACUCAAACUCGGGUUAUGGUUACUACUCUGGUGGAAGAGGCCGAGGUGGAAACACACAUUUCUGACCUGAUGAGCUUCUGUCUUCCUCAGAAGGCUUUACUGGACGGUUACACUCGUGCACCUUCACUUCUUCUUUUUGAUUUCAGGUUUUCUUUUGGGUAAAAAAACAGUUACCUUAUCUCAAGAUUUGUAGGCACAUCAUAUUGGCAAGUUCAUGAUCCUUUUUUCUAUCUGAUGAGCUUUAGCCUCAGGAGGAGAGAAUGUUUGUUCUCCAUGUAGAGAAACAAAUAGUCAAAUAGUACUACGAACCUUUUUGGUAUAUAUGCAAAUCAUUACUUUUUAAUUAAUAAUAU